AUCUUCAAUCACAUCCCUGGUCAUUUUUUAGGUUUUGUGGAGAAUUAAUUUGUGUAGAGGACUAGAGUCAUAACAGUCCCUUGAGUUUCCCAAUCCCAAAACCCUACCUAGGGUUUAAUGAUUUUUUCAAUUUUGUGAUUCCCGAACUUGUGUAGUAUGGAAGGUGUAGUGGGCGAGAGAGAAAGCUACACUCUCGUGGUGAGGAAACCCUGUUUCGGUCUCCCAACUGCUUGCCUUUCUUCCUUGCCUCUUUACUUGUACCUCAGAUUCGCCAAUGUCCCAUUUCAAUUAGAUUUCAACCUUGUCUUCCCAGACUCUGAUCAAAUUCCUUACAUUGAGUCUGGUGAUUACGUAGCCUAUAAUAAUGAGAAGGGUGGAGUCAUUGAGAGAUUAAAAAGAGAUGUCCUUAUUGACCUGGACACUGAACUCGACUCUGUUCCUGAAUGGAUAUCUACUAAAGCAUUGCUUAGCUCCUGGCUUGCUGAUGCUGUUACGUAUGAAUUGUGGGUAGGGAGUGAUAGUAGUUCUGCUGAAACGAUAUAUUUUUCUGAUCUACCAUGGCCAAUUGGAAAGGUUUUGUUCCUGAAACAAAAACAUACUGUGAAGCAGCAACUUGGGAUUUCAAAAGACAAUGCUGAGCAAAAAGAAGAAGAGAUCUAUAGAAGAGCAGGCACUGCAUAUGAAGCUUUGUCAACUAGGUUAGGAGAUCAGGACUUUCUCUUUGAAAACAGGCCGUCAAGUUUGGAUGCCAUCUUUCUGGGGCAGGCACUUAUUGUUCUUCAAGCAUUACCUGAGAUGUCAGUACUGCGGCAAAAACUCUUAGAGCAUGGUAAUCUUGUAAGGUAUGUCGAAAGGGUUAAGGCUGAGUUUGUCGAGACUGGUCCUUCAUAUUCUGUUCCACAUUUUCAAGCUGAGUCAUCAUCGUCAAAUCCCAAAAAAGGUCCUAGCAAGAGUUCUAAGCCCAAAAGUAAACCGAAAAAGGAAAAAACAAAUGAAGAGAAGACUUUUAAAAGAAGAGCCAAGUACUUCCUGGCAACACAACUGGUUGCAGUUUUACUUUUCCUCACACUUAUGGGAAGACCGGAUGAUGUUGAAGUUGAGCUUGAUGAAGAUGAUGAAGGCUACAUCCAUGACUGAGACAAUCUACAAUCUCACCAGCUCUUUUAACAUUCAAAAAACUUCAUUUCUGCAAUUAACCAUCCAAGGUUAGCCACCUGAUGAAUGUCAACGUGUCUGUACUUUCAUUUUUUGUAACCCAAAUGAAAAUUUUGGAGAAUAAAUCCUCAUGAGAAAUUUUUUUGGAGCACUUCUUUGCGGGUUGUACUUUGGGCUGGGGCCUGAUUAUGUAGGUGAAUAAUCCUCGAUAAGGAGGUUUUCUUACAAUUACAUUUUUUGACAUUAUAUAUUUCAUUUGAGUGGAAUGAAACUUUUAGAGGAAUGCCAAAUGGUUGAAUGUUCAUUCA